AUGGUCGAAUUACUAACUGCCAAAGAACGACAGCAAUUUAUCCACGAAACUUGCCGUAUCUUACGCCAAGUUGAAUUUUUGCUGUUAGUCGAGUACACGGAGGUGAUAGUCCCAAUGGUUUAUGUCAUUUAUAUUACCACAGUGUAUCACCUUCCAAACCGAAAGUAUUUUCCGUACCUCCACGAAAUGUCCGAGACCGAUCUUGCCAACACUAUCUGCAGCAUACUGAUUUAUGGAUCACUCCAGCUACUUUCUUUUAUUUUGCUCUUGGUUGCACUUAAGCAACGCUUUCGGCUUGAUCCGGGGACAACUUUACGCUUUGUUUUGGACAGCGAAUGGAGAGUUGUGCAAGGUCAAUUUGUGCUUUGGAUCAUUUACGUGCUGCAAUCAUCAAUCCAGCAUGUUGGCACGGACUACACGUUCCAAUUCAGUUGGCUUUUUAAGUAG